AUUUAGAGCUACCAAAACCCAAAGCUCAAUUUUCAUUUACCAUUCUGUAUAGUGUGGUUAUACUUGAAUACUGCGUAGCUGAGCUGUUAAAAUUGCCAACUUGGCAUCACAAGAAAAAACUAUUGGUGGAUUGUUACAGAAAAUCUUAUUCAGAAAAUGGCUCAGGUGUCAGACUGGACAAGGGUUGGAAAUGAUGUCUUUUACAGGAAAGCUGAGUUGUACACUAUGGAGUGGGGAGGAGGGAUCAAUGUUGAAGAGGUGCUGCUGAGUGGCGCUCCUUAUGGUGGUCCGAUUGCACUCACGUGGCUGCAAGAAGGUCGCACUAAACACAGAGCGCCCCAGAGUCCCGCAACUCCCACCAUUGUCAUAUUUUCAGCUGCUGGAGUCAAAAUGGGCAUUAUAAAGUGGGGCAAUGCUCCGCUGAUUGCAAUGGGCUGGACGCUCUCUGAGGACCUGUUAUGCGUGCAGCAAGAUGGCGCAGUGUCAAUGUAUGACAUGUUUGGCAACUAUAAACAGACUUUCAACAUGGGCCCGGAGGCCAAAGAUACAGGCAUUUUAUCUGCUAAAGUGUUUGAAGGAAUCCAAGGCACUGGCGUUGCUGUGCUCACUGCCACCCACCGACUCUAUGUCAUUGCCAACGUUGCUGAACCAAACCCAAGGAAAUACGCAGAUUUCCCUAGUGCUGAUGUCUCGUGCUGGACGGUGCUGAGAGAGGAGCGUGCGCUGAAGGUGCUGCUGUGCCAGCACGAUGUGCUGUGCUGGAGCAGUGCUGCCAACACUCGUGCUGAUGUUGUCCAAGCCCCACACGUUACGGAGGGUGUUGAAGACCCCGUAGUCAUCGUGAAGGUGAGCGUGAGCAGCAACCAGCGUUGCAUUGCACUGCUCAGCGCCACAGGCAAGCUCUGGCUCGGCUCCUCAGAUCUGCUCACGAGGUUCACACUUCACGACACGCGCAGCAACGUGUGCCCCAGACACUUGGCGUGGUGUGGGAGCGGCAGCGUGGUGCUGGUAUGGGAGGUAACCCUGCAGCUCGUGGACAUCACGGGUAGCGUAGCCACGUUCUACCUGGACUCUCCUGUACAUGUGGUGCAGGAGCUGGACUGUGUGCGUCUUGUGGGCGACACCUCGCAUCACAUCCUCUACAAGGUCCCUCACGCAUCAGUCGAGACGCUGGGUAUCGGGUCCAUGUCCCCGGGAGCGCUGCUUGUGGAAGCCCAUCUUGGAUACGAGGAAGAGUCACCGCGUGCCUAUGACUGCCUGAAGCUGAUCCAGGGCAAGGAGGAGGAGGCCGUACACACCUGCCUAGAGGCUGCCAGGCACGACAUGAGCGUGGACAACGUCAAGCUGCUGCUCAAGUCAUCGCUGUUCGGCCUUACGUUUCUACCGCCCCUGGAGCCUAACACGUUCAAAGACACGGCUUUGAAACUGCGCAUCUUGAACGACCUCCGCUCAAAAAAGAUAGGGAUGCCACUGACAUGGCAGCAGCUAGAGAGGCUCACGCUGGAGGUGGCGCUCGAGCGACUCGUUGCCCGAAGAUUCUUCCCUGUGGCUUUGGCCAUCGCGCGAACUUUGGGCCUCGAGACCCAACUUGUGCCCCGAAUAUUGGCCCACUGGGCCUGCUACAAGAUUGCGAACACGAGCGACAAGAAUGACGAGCAGCUCGCCCGAGACAUCCACUCCAAGUUGGGUUACACCGCCGGCAUCUCCUACACGGAAAUCGCCAACUGUGCGCACUCGCUCAACAGAAGGCAACUUGCGGUCAAGUUGCUGGGUUACGAGUGCAGGGCGCGGGCCCAGGUGACGGGCCUCCUACGUCUGGAGGAACGGGCGGCCGCCCUCGCCAGAGCUCAGGCCACGGGCGACACCGACCUCAUCCUGACGGUGCUCCUCGACAUCAAGCGCGCCCUCCCCCUCGGCGAGUUCCUGAUGGUGGUGGGGGGAUCGCCGCUGUGCCGUGCUGUGUAUGCACGGAGCUGUGCAGCAGGGGCACAGGAAGCUCUCAGGGACCUGUACGUACAGGACGACAACUUCCACGAGCAGGCCAGGCUACGUCUCCUCGAGGCCUAUGAUAACAAGAGAACAGACCUGCGCCUGGGUCUCCUUCAGUCAACUGCUGAGUGCUUCAGGCGCGCCAAGGAUGAACUUGGUGUUCAGCUCACCGAGGAACAAAUGCGCCUACUGAAAUGCCAAGUUGGACUGGAAGAACUGCACCACAAGAGCUACGUGAACCUCUCCCUGGUUGACACGCUCAUGCAGCUCAUACGCGACAACCACAUCAAAGAUGCUGAGAAAAUACGCGCCGACUUCAAGAUAACUGAAAAGAGGUAUUGGUAUUUACGAGUGACGGCUCACGCUGCAGCAAAUCACUGGCAAGCGCUCGAGCAGUUUGUGAAGAGCAAGAAAACUCCUCCUAUUGGCUACGAGUUCGUGGUGGACGCUUGUCUCAACAACAACAGCCAAUCAGAGGCCAAGAAAUACGUCGACAAAGUCAAGGAUGAAAACAAGGCGGAAUAUCUCCGGAAAUGCGGACUGGUUUCGGAGGCGGAGAAGUUUACUGCAGAAUCUACGUCGUCCGUUCUGAACUUGGCUCGCGUCACGGGCUUCCUCAGUUGAAGAACUUCAGGCUUAGCGCCGAGUCGCCAACCGGAGUUUGGCAAGCCUGCCUUGAAUUUACUAGGAGGCAUUUAUUUUAUUUAAAAACCUAUAGCGUGAACUUGUUAUCAUCGUUAAAUAUUUUCAACAGACUAGGGUAACUGUCACAUUACACGUUAUAAUAAUUUAGAUUUGUUUGAAUAACUGAAAUCGCAAUCUUUAUCAAUUUUUAUUGAAAUCUUCUUGAAUGUCCUGUGAAUUUUGAGCCAAAUUUCAAGUAAAACUCUAACUUUUAAUACAAAAUGUGACUGAACUUGCUCAUCAAAAAUACAUAGUAGUUGGUACAGAGUAAUAUGGUAUGUAGUUAUAUUUUUGUUGUGUAUUAAUUUACUUUAUUCAGCGUGCUUACAUAGCUCAAAUAUACACAUUAUAUUUAUGUAAAUCAACUGUAUUAUUCAGAUCAUCACGAACAAUGCGGGGGCAUCGAAAGAUGUGAUUAAAUUAAUUGCUAUUUAUUUCACAUUUUUUGCCUGUUUCAUUCCAGACGCCGACUCAAAGUUUCUGUACCGCAGUUUUUGACAUUAAGCUGGUAACCAAAGACAAAGUAGAGAUCUAAGUGAAGCCUUUACAUGUCAUAUUGAGAUACAGUAUUCAUGUAUAAAAAUUUCUCAAAUCAA